GACAGAGGAGCGGGAGAGACUUGUGGGGAGCCGGAUUGCUGGAGACGAUGCGAGAGAGUGAGGCACUCCAGCGGGUCAGUCAGUUUCAGCGUUCUCGCCCGAGUGGCCGCCGUGGCGUCUCACGGAAUUGAGUCUCAUCGGAAAUUGAGUGUAGUUCCAAAAAGAAAAAAAUUAAUUUCUUCGUCUUUUCGCGCUUUUCUGUGCACCAUCUCCUGAGCUGUUUUCGCACCAAAAAAUUGAUUUGCAUACAAACGAUUUUUUUUACUCACAAAAGGUACAACUUUCGCGAAGUCCAUAACACCCAAAACUGUGCCUGUGUGCUUUUUUUCCAUAUAGCUCAUAUUUUUCCUACAUAUGUGUGCAAAGAAUUGAGUGGCGAUUGACAACGCCUCGUGGGUUUUAUCUCGCAAGACUAUUUUUUUUUCACCUAACAAAGUGAAGAACUACAGCAAAUAUUUGAUUUUCACGGUACACUAUUGCCCAUGUGUUCAGCUAGAGGCACACAGUGGUUGUCAAAUAGCAAUUCCUGGGGAAUAUUUUUGCAGUGUUGCUGACGAGUGUCUAAGAGGAGGAAGAUCAAAACGUGUAACGUCUUAGCUGUUAACAUUACAAAGAAAGGUGGUUGAGGAAAAAGUGAAUUAAAAAAGAUUGUGAUCUGUGUUGUGGACGAAAAAACCUUUAACAAAAAAAGUGCAGCAAUUCCAGCAAUGAAAAUAUAAAUGACACAGAAACCACCAAGAGAAUGUUGGUCGUGCACUGGUCUAUAUUCACAUUGACUCUCCAAUUGACUUACUGUGCGUCCAUUCAUUCACAUGUUGAAUCAGCGCCAGCAACGCCAGAGUCCAUCUGCAGUGAGCUGCCGGAGACAUCACUGCAGGAGGAUGGGGUGGAGUCCAGCCUCACGCUGGAGCUAAAGCCCCACAUGUUUCGGGGGUCGUGCAAGAGGAUCUUCCUGGCGCCAGAAUCUCAUGGGUUCUUCGUGCGUCUCCAUCGACCCGCCAAUGGGAAAAAGUUCUCCUUCACAAAUAAGAAUCUUAGCAGUGGCCUAAAGAUGCGCACGACAAAUUCCACGACUGAAUCGUGUCCAUUAACCAUUUUCUUCUCAAAUGAUCCAAGAAUCCCGCCAUGGCGCAUCGAUCCGUGUCAGUUGGAAGCAAAUGGCGGUAUUGAAGAACCCGUGCGCCUCCUACAGGGACGCCUGCGAAUUGUAUGGCAACAUGGUGGCAAUAUGCCCAGCUAUCGCCUCCUCUUAACAGCUUUCGGCAAGGGUGAGCUGUGUAAGCAGGAGAGGAAGCACCCAUGCCUCCGUGUUGGUCAUGAGACACUCUUCUGCAUCAGUGAGGAUCUCACAUGCGACGGCAUCCAGCACUGUCCGUCUGGGAAUGAGUACGACAGUGAUGAGAGUAUAGAGUUGUGCUCAGGAAACCAGAAACCCCCAUUGGUGCCGCGAAUGCAUCUCUGGGAGCAUUUUUCCAUGCAAAUGUUCCGGGAACUCUUUUCGCCGGAUCUCACAUCCACUUCAACGACUGUUGCGCCAUUUUCGGAGGCGCCCGAAUCGACACUUGCACCCUCUGGGACGAGAAAGAGUCUCACGCGCGGCCUUUCGCGGUACGGUCCGUGGGGUUACCUCAUGCUAGGAAUGCUUCUCUGCGGUGGAGCACUUCUCAUCUGUGGUCUGUGGGAGUGCUGCUGUCGUCAGACAAAACCUGCCACACCAGGGGCCAAUGGGGACGGGCACACGGGGGAAUCUUUCACGGAUAGUCCAGCCACGGGUUCCACGCAAUCCGACGUCACACCCCCAAAUUACGACGAGAUUGAGCCACCACCAUCGUAUUCAACCCUCUUCCCGGGCCUCAAAGCCACCAGCAGUGAGACCCAAACUGAAAGCAAUACCCCAGCCACGGCUCCAACGGCCGUUUAGGUGUUACAACCAUCUCAAACCCCGUCCCCGCAAGAAGGAGGGGGGCGCCAAGUCAGGCACACUAGGUGACGCAAUUGACGCAAUUCCACAACUAAUUUUCUCCAUUAUAAUUACUUUUUUUAAUUAGCAACUCUAAAAAUAAUAACUAACUAAAAAUAAAUGUGAUAUAGAUGAUAAAUUCGUAAUGACUAAGCCGAGUAAGUUUUUUUUGUGUUAAUUAAAAUAUUGUGUACAUAUUAAGGAGCUUUAUUGUUACGAAAAGAAAAUUAAAGAGAACAAUAAAUUGAAAAAAGCUUUAAGAUAAAACGAAA